AUGCCUAAACACGAUAUUGCUAUGCGCUCUAUGAUUGUUACAAUGAAAGCUUGCGGUAUAAGCACUGCUGCUAUCUCCGAGAUAACUGGCGUUUCUGCCCGAACGGUUAAUGCGCUAUAUAACCGUGCUAUUGAACGCGGUUUUGAUCCUACCCAACGGCCGAUGACGAUGACGGAUGCCUACGUCGCUGAUGCUACUCGUUCUGGACGACCGACAAAGCAGAUACCUGAGGCUAAAGCUGCUGUUUAG